CACCGCUCCUAGAGCGCGCUGUCACGGAGUUAGAGACCGGGACGGAAGACUCAAUGCGCGCACGCCAGCGGUCCAGCCGUUACCCUGCUCCCCGCAUCCCCGGCCCCCGAAAGUUCCGGCGUCAAGGAGGCCGCGGUCCCGCCCACUCAUCGCCCCUCCCCUCGCACUCCCUCUCGGGGGCGGAGCGAGGAGCGGCGCAAGCGCCGUGACGUGUGCCAGAGCAGUUGCUCUAGGGACCGCGGACCGCUCCGCGGGACCCCAGCCUGACUCUGAUCCCUGCGCGGUGUCGGGGGAACAGCCUAGCCCAGCUCCCGGCGUCCACCUCCACUUCCAGGUAUUUGCCGAUGCGGGCCUCCUGACGGGGAAUUCACCCCACAGUCACGGCUGCGGAGCUGUGGCUGUCGCCUCUUUCUGCAGCGCCAGGCUGUGCCUGGCCUCAAAGUCAAGUGCUCCUAGGUGCGCUACGCAGGAAGUCAUUAUGCGACUAACACAUUUUCAUCAGAUUUCCUCUGAUUUACCGUGAAGUGUAUGUGAGAAUGAUGUGCACUGCCAAGAAAUGUGGAAUUAGGUUCCAGCCUCCGGCUGUUAUCUUAAUCUAUGAGAAUGAAAUGAAGGGGAAAAGUCGCCAGCGCAUCAUGCCUGUCCGAAACUUCUCAAAGUACUCAGAUUGCAGCAGAGCUGCUGAACAAUUAAAGAAUAAUCCACGACACAAGGGUUACCUGGAACAGGUAUCCCUGAAGCAACUAGAGAAGUUAUUCAGUUUUUUACGAGGUUACUUGUGGGGGCAGAGUUUGGCAGAAACAAUGGAACAAAUUCAGCAGGAAACAACCAUUGAUCCUGAGGAAGACCUGAACAAACUAGAUGACAAGGAACUUGCCAAAAGGAAGAGCAUCAUGGAUGAACUUUUUGAGAAAAAUCAGAAGAAGAAGGAUGAUCCAAAUUUUGUUUAUGACAUUGAAGUGGAAUUCCCUCAGGAUGAACAACUACAGUCCUGUGGCUGGGACACAGAGUCAGCUGACGAGUCCUGAUAACCAAAAACUAAAAAAAAAAAAAAAUUAUCAGGUAGUAGAAAAUCCAUGUUUAUACAAGACCAUAGAUUGGUUGUAGAAAAAUCUGUAAAGAACACUAUGCAUAUUGGGUCACGUUUGGAUUGACCAUGUUACUUUUCAAAACCAAGAUAUGUAGAGCAUCUACUAUGUAGGUGCAUAUGGAAUAUAGGGAAAACAGAAUAUAGGAAUCUGCCUUUAAGGAGCUUACAGUCUAAUUGG